AUGGUGACGCAAGCAAAGCAAGUGGCUAUGAGUCCUCGCGACACGGGAGCUGCUAACGCCUGGCGCAGUGCCAACGAUCAUCUUCUGGAUUCUGUCAAAGCUGUCGGAGAUGCCAUAGCCGGUAUCCAGAAUGGUCGACAUUCGGCAUACCAGGAUAGCUUGAGCAGAGCGUCACCAUAUCAGCCACCACAGGUCAAUCUUUCGUCUGUUUCUGCUUCCUCCUCUCUAUCGAACAUUUUCUUUUUUUUAGCAAUCAUCGCAAGUUCUGCGCUCAGUUCCACCACAAGCUCCUACACCUCCCGUCAUUCAUAA